UGGUGGUGGAUCCAAUCCAAACCCGUUUCGUAGCAUUUCGCGGGCUAAACACAGAGGUUAACUCGACGCGUUUCUGAUUUAAUGUUUAUUGAGAUCAGGUGAGAGAAGUUCGACGUUGUUCAAUUUAAAGCGAAUGCAACCAAACCAACAUUCGGCCGGUGACUGCUCAGUUGGAGAUUAUGUUUCGCGACUGGAACCGUGGUACUUAAUUAGGGUUGCACGAAGGAUCCUCUUGCCGAGUAAAUGGCUGUGAUGGACAGUGGAAAUUCCGCUUCCGGUGACCACACCUUCGCUAAAAAUGUAGAUGCAACCCCGAGAGCCGAACGGAGAGUCACCAGAGGGUCCAGACAGAGGGCAGUGGACAGUGUGACCAAGAAGUUUCUCAGGAACUUUGACCCAGAGCACAGCGAAAGGGAGAAGCGUAAGCUCCACAGAAGACUAUACCAGGGUCACAAGAGACAUGCAUUGUACGAUGAUAAUGGGAUCUAUAUACAGACAGGAGAUGACCUGUGUGACUGUAUGAACCUGAAUUGUGCAGGUUGUCACUUCCCCUGCAGCAAGUGCUCCUCCACCAAAUGUGGUCAUGACUGCAGGAUCAACCGCAAGUGGACCUAUGAUUCCAUUGAGAAUGAAGGCAGUGACCUAGUGAUAAAGAAUCCUCUAUUAAAAGAGACCUGAGAGGUCCAAGCAAUUUUCAGACUAGCUGUGUGGUUCGAGGGCUCUGUUCCUUCAACAAAAAACUAUAUCUCUAAGUUAAGAUCUCUAUUAGAUUAGACACGACGGAAUGUCGUUUGAAUGUGUAAAAAGUAAUAAAGUUAUACAAGCGUU